AUGGCGCCGUCCAACGACACCAUCACUGUCGAGUCGCUCCCGGAGCUUCUCCGGGACGAUAAUAAAGUGAAGCUGGCUGGUAUCGACGUCGACGGCAUGCUGCGCGGCAAACUCGUCUCCAAAAGCAAGUUCCUGUCCGUCGCCAAGUCGGGCUUUGGCUUCUGCUCCGUCAUCUUUGGUUGGGACAUGCACGACAUGACGUACAUCAAGGAGCUCAAGAUUAGCAACGCCGACAACGGCUACCACGAUCUAAUCGCCGUUCCCGACCUCUCCAGUUUCCGUCGUAUCCCGUGGGAGAACAAUGUGCCCUUCUUCCUCGUCAGCUUCCACGACCCGGAUACUCAGAAGCCCAUCUGCGCGUGCCCCCGUGGCCUAUUGAAGACCGCCCUGGAGAAGUUGCAGGCCAAGGGCUACGGCGCCAUGGCUGGUGCCGAGUACGAGUUCUACCAGUUCAAGGCUCCUGCCCGCUCUGCCGAAUCCACGAGCUCCACGGCCGGAUACCUGCAAGAGAACCCCCCUCAAGCGCUGCCGUCUCUCACCGAGGGCAUGUUUGGUUACAGCUUAACGCGGACCGUCCACAACAACGACUAUUUUUACGACAUCUUUGAGACGUGCUCCCAAUUUAAAUGUGAUAUCGAGGGCUGGCAUACCGAGAGUGGCCCAGGCGUCUUCGAGGCGGCGCUCGAGUUUGGGGAGAUCCAACAGAUGGCUGAUAGGGCCAGUCUGUUCAAGUAUGUCGUCAAGUCGGUCGCGACAAAAUACGGAAUCACCCCGUGUUUCAUGGCCAAGCCAAAGCAGGGCUUGCCCGGGAACAGCGGGCACAUGCACGUCUCCAUCGUCGACAAGGAGGGUAAGAACCUCUUUGCUCGCGAGACCAAGGAUGAGAACCCCCCAUACCCGGACGUCGCUGGACUAUCGGACCUGGGCCGUCAUUUUCUAGCUGGUCUGCUCGAGGGUCUCCCCGACGUCAUGCCUCUGCUGGCGCCCACAGUCAACUCGUACAAGCGCCUGGUUGAGAACUUUUGGGCACCUGUCACUGUUUCGUGGGGUUUGGAGCAUAGAGCCGCGUCGAUACGCCUCAUUGCGCCCCCCACGGCGAAGCCUGGCGCAACUCGCUUUGAGGUCCGUGUUCCUGGUGCGGACACGAACCCUUCUUUUGUGCUCGCGGCAAUUCUUGCUCUGGGCUGGCGAGGUGUUGAGAAGAAAUUGGAAAUCCCUGUUCCGCCUCUGGGCAAGGGUCAAGAUGUGGGCGGCAGCGGUGACAAGGGUAUCAGGCUUGCGAAGAGUCUGCGCGAAGCAAACGACCGAUUUACGCGAAAGGAGAGCAUUGCGAGAGAAGUGUUCGGGGACGACUUCGUCGACCACUUUGGUGGAACAAGAGAUCAUGAGAUCCGCCUUUGGGACGAGGCUGUGACGGACUGGGAGGUGAAGCGAUAUAUCGAGACGGUAUAA